GAAGAAGAAGAAGGGGCAGGCAGCUGGUGACAGCCGCUCCCCCCACAGCAGCAGCAGCAGUCAGUCAGUCAGUAAACUCGAUCAAACGGAGACAUUACUGCACAGCACGGUGGAAAUACAGCAACAACGUUUACCGUUCACGGCUUUUACAACUUUACACCGACCGUCUUGUCGGUUGUUUCCCGGCAGCGGCGUUGUCGGUGUCGCUGAUGUCAGACUGAGCUGACACUGUUGCUCCGAGUUUGACGUUAGCUCCAACGUUAGACAUCUAGCGAGCCGAGGCUAGCUCACCUCGGUGUUUACGGUCCGGGAGCCCCCGCUGCUCUGCCCUGUGGCGUUACUGACAAACACGUCAGGUGGCCGGGUACUUGGCAAAGAUGGGUGACAUAAACCCAUCGACAUCACACGCGUUUCAGUCGGAGGGCUUCAGUCCGCCGUACAGGAGGAGGAGGACGGUGGAGGAUUUUAACAAGUUUUGCACUUUUGUCUUGGCCUAUGCCGGUUACAUCCCAUACCCCCAAGAGGACUCUCCACUGCGCAGUAGUUCCAGCCCCCCCAACAGUACAGGCAGCACAGCUGACAGUGAUGGCUGGACCCCUGGACCCCCUACCUCCUGUCCCCAGCGCCCUUCCAAGGUGCCCCAAGACAGGAGCAGGAAGCGUCCACAGCCAGCCCCACUGUCCAGUCACACCAAGAAAGAUCACACUAUAACCACCCUGCACCCAGAUGACCGCAGGAAAGCUGACAAGCUAAAGAAGAAGAAAAGGAGAAAGGAGAGGGAGCAGUCAACCGGGGAGGAGAGCGAGGUCCAGCAGGCCCACUCAACAGUCCCCGAGCUGCAGUAUCCCGCCUCCUUUGGUGGCCGAGUGAUCAAAGAAGAGCCUGAAGAUGAUAUCAGCAUUCCCCUCCACCCCCAGCAUCUGCCUAACCCAGCGCCCUGCAAGGAGGAGCCCAAGGAGGAGCGUCGACACUGGGAGGGUCAAGACAUAGAAGAAGGGGUGGUAAAGGUACAGAAGGUGGAGGGCUUUUCAGGAAACCGAAAGGUGUUCCGCCAGGGGAAACAGGUGGUGUUCAGAGACGAAGAUGGAUCAGGAGAGGACGAGGAUAUCAUGGUAGACUCGGACGACGACUCGUGGGACCUAGUGACGUGUUUCUGCAUGAAGCCUUUCGCAGGCCGAGCCAUGAUCGAGUGUAACAAGUGCAACACCUGGAUCCACCUGUCAUGCGCCAAGAUUCGCAAGAGCCACGUGCCAGAGACAUAUGUGUGCCAGAGCUGCAGAGAGACGCACGGAACCCCAGAUACCCGCCGCUCCCACCGCUCACGUGUAGUCCCCAGCAAACAUCUGCUAGACUGACCCCUCCCAGGCCAAACUCUGAACUCUGACCCCUUCCCCCUCCUGCUUCCCCUGCACCUGCUGGACUGACCCUUCCUCAAAUUCAGGUCUUGCACCCUUCAGUGUCUGUCCUUCAUGGUUGGCCAAGAACCCACAUUUUCUAUAAACACUUAGGUGGACCUAUCCCAAGCCCUUAUCCCAUUUGAAAACAGUCUUGAGUGCUAUUUUAGAUUUACUAAGGUUUGUUUCUGCUUCCCUACAGACUCUGUGCGUAAGGCAAUCACUGAAUGGAUGUCCGUCUGUAGAUGACAUUAGCAUAGCAGCAAAUCGCUACUGUUGGGACUUGGUGUCUCGUGAACACUGGAAACAUUUGAACUGCCAUAUAAAGAGAAUACCCUCACAACUGCCACCCACUAUGGUGCAUGCUGGGAUUUGUGGGAAAGACAGUUUGCACUUUUUCUCACUUUUUUAAAAAGAAAACUCCAUCUGACCUUUCUGUCACAGGGACAGGUGUGUCUUUCUGAUUAAACUGGAUUUGAUUUCUCUUCGAGGCCUCUAUUAAUGUCACACAAUUAACCAUUGAAAAUGAGAAAACAAGAUAAGCCUUGUGUUAAUUGCUUCAGAUGGUGCUAUAGUAUAAAGCUGAGGUAUAAUCCAGUAGAACAAAGAUGUAGGAUAAGAGACUAGAGUCUGCAUCUGUUUGUUGUUCUCUCUUUUUUUGUUAUUUAAGACAUUGCGAACGAAUAUCAUUGAGGCUUUAAGUCCGUACAAUUGAACCAAGCGCUUGUUCCUCUUCCUUUUACUUAAAUUGUCUUCCAGCCUCGGCUGCUCCUCUAAAUCAAGAUGUUAUUUGGCCACACAAGGAGCUUACACACCCUUUGAAAACAUUGAAACGGUGUUCUUAUUUCACCACGGUUCUGUUUGAGGAAAAUCUUCAUGAUUUAUAACUAAAAAAAAAAAGAAAAGAUACCAGAUAACUGACACGAUUGAGAUAACAUGACAGUCUUAUUCAGUGAAGGUGUUUUCUGUUGCUCUGGUCAGUGUUUUUGCUGUAGUUCUUUUGACAGGAUUGAACACUGGUUUUGUCCUUGAAUACUUUAAUUUUCCAAACCGUUAUUUAAAUGUAAUCUUUUUUGUUUGCAGCUGUUUCAUGCUCAUGACGAAAUCCUUCGGCCGUCCUGUUUAAGCAUCAUCACAAAAACAAGCUAUCUGAACUGGAAUAGUGUUCUCUCAAGAGUCCAAUCGAAAUUAUGCAUGCAGAGUGUGUGUUUGUGUGUGUGUGUGUGUGUGUGUGAAUGGUUAACACUGAAGGUGUUGACAAUGCAUGUACUGCUAUGAGUUGUCUCAACUAAUCACCAUGGUUUUGGUCUUUUGUAAGAUGAUGAAAUGGAUAUCUUCAAAAAGGGCCAUGGGCACGGUCUGUUUUUUUUUUUCUUCUGUUUGUCUCUAAAGGGUCAGAUCAGAAGAACAGAUCUCAGUCUCAUAUCAUCUCUCACUAAUGUUUUCACAGCAGUAUUCAGUUGCUUCCAUAUGCAGCGAGUUUAAUGGAAAAAAAACCCUCCCCCUCCCCCUAAAACUUGCAAUUUGGAUGAAAGAUUUGAAGCUCAUUCAUGUGCCAUCUGCUGUUCUUUAUGAUUAUAUAAAAGCCAUAAUGUAGAGUGACAGAUUUUAGACUUGGAUAUUAGUCCAGGAUGGGGUUUUACAAUGCAGAAUCAAUGACUUGACCAGGGAACGACUAACGCACACAUAAACACGUAAUGAAUGUUUGGUUUGUAAAGAACACAAGACUUUCCAAGAGUUUAAAGUGGUUAAGCUCAUUUCUGCACUCUUGUCUUCUGGUAUUUACAAAUGUUGAUAAACUGGUUCGUACCCAGCAGUCACCCAGGUGGUGAUGGUUUCUAAGACCUAAAAAUCAUUUGCUGUUUCUCAGGACAUUCGUGUCUUGACGAGAACCUGAAGACGACUUCAGGCACAAAUUUCUAAUUUUAGUCUGCGUCUUUAAGACAUCAGUGUAAUUAUUGUUAACAAUGCUCAUUGUGAUACAGCUCGUUUAUUCUGAUCCUGGGUUGUCCUAUCCCCUUAUUGAGAAAGCGUUGUCUGUACUGUGGUGCAAACUGUUUCUGUGAAACUAUUGUAAACUAUUGUAAAUAAAGAGUUACCAUUUUAA